UUCUAGAAUUAAAAAAAGAAAAGAAAAUUGAACAUGAUGUCAGGAUUCUUUUAAGUUGUAAUCAUACUCAUACACAUUCCUUGGAAUCAAUCUAAAUUCCUGGCAUAUUGUUCCAAUUCUUCAUGUGUUGGCUGUUCCACUCACACAAAUUCCUAACAAUAUUAGCAGCUCUUUGAUUCCAUAUUCCCACUAAUCCCAUACUACACCUAAUGAUCUGGAUAUAAACAAGAUGGUGAUUUUGCUAGUCUGAAGAACAAUUAAUGUUCCUUUCAGAAUCCUAGAAUAAAUGCUUAGGACAAAUGCAAAUAUGAUACUGCCUGGAGCAUCUUCUGUCUUUUCCAACCUAUGAUGGAACCAAUUUGGCAAGCAAACUCCAAGGAAACAGUUACCCAUAAAAAUGGUGGUGGAGAAGCUGACAUCAAUAAUAAUAAUACUUUUUCAUGCUAUAAGUACGUGAUGUCCCUAGCUACCAUUUGUUACCAGGCAGGCAAAUACCAAAGGAAACAUUUCCUUAGCAUUAUUAUGAAUCUGAAAUCUUGUUGGGUGCAGACAGCUGAUGAGAAACAUGAACUUGAAAGCAAUGAAACCACCAAUAAUGGCACCAUGGUGCAUGAUGAGCAACCCAUAAACGCUGACAGCUCUUUCACUCAUGCAGUCAUCAACAUGGUUGGAAUGCUCAUAGGCUUAGGGCAACUAUCAACUCCAUAUGCUUUAGAAAAUGGAGGAUGGAUAUCGAUAUUUCUCCUUAUUGGACUCGGCAUAAUUUGUGCGUACAGCGCUCACCUGCUCGGAAAAUGUCUAGACAAGAAUCCUAAGCUAAGGAACUAUAUUGACAUUGGGCAACAUGCCUAUGGUUCAAAAGGGAGAAUUUUAGCUGCAACUUUCAUCUACUUGGAGAUUUUUAUGGCUCUGGUUUCCUACACCAUCUCACUUCACGACAACUUAGGAACCGUGUUCUUGGGAGCAGACAUCAAGUUUCGUUUGGCCAACUCAACUUCUCAGUUGUUGACAGUGAUUGCAGUGUUGGUGGCCCUUCCUAGCCUAUGGCUGAGGGAUCUUUCUUCGAUCUCUUUCCUCUCGUUUGGAGGUAUUCUUAUGUCGCUCGUCAUUUUCGUGGGCGUGGCUUAUACUUCCGUUUUUGGUGGUAUAAAAGCCAGCAAUAGAAUACCACCUAUCCAGUUUCACAACAUCCCUUCCAUAUCUGGACUCUAUGUUUUCAGCUUUGCAGGACAUAUCGUAUUUCCCGAUCUCUAUAGAGCAAUGAAAGACCCCUCCAAGUUCACUAUGGUCUCUAUAGUAAGUUUCUCAUUGGUGACAAUCCUUUAUACCGCCUUGGCCUUCAUGGGUGCUUUGGUUUAUGGCCCUAACGUGAGUUCCCAAAUCACACUUAGCAUGCCUCGACAUCUUGUGGUCACAAAGAUUGUGCUUUGGGCAACUGUCUUGACACCCAUGACCAAAUACGCGCUCGAGUUCGCUCCAUUUGCAUUACAGCUCGAUCACAACCUUCCUCAACGAAUAAAACCACGAACCAAGAUGAUCAUAAGGGGGAGCAUUGGCACACUCAUUCUUCUCUCGAUACUGGCACUGGCACUCUCAAUGCCCUAUUUUGAACACGUCCUCAGCCUCACCGGCUCCCUCGUCAGUUUAUCGAUAUGCGUUAUAUUUCCUUGUGCUUUCUACCUCAAGAUCUUCUGCACAAACAUUUCAAAGCCUCUCUUGGUUGUCAAUGUAGUGUUGAUAUUCUUCGGGUGCUUUCUUGGGGUGUGGGGGACAAUCUCAUCAUCCAAGUUGCUUAUUCUAAACUUCCACAGAGCUCAAUCGCAUUGAAAGUCGACUACUUCCACUUGAACUACCUUGUCGGCUUAUCUUUAUCAAAUAACUAAUGCUUUUAAAUAUCAAUUGUAUCAAAAUUGAAAUUUGAGAUCAAUAUAAUAAUUAAUUUAGAAACACUAAUAAUUUAUGCAUGUGAAUCCAGGUGAAAUAGCUAAUAAAUUUCUGAACGAGUCUCUGAGUAAGUUUAGUUUCCAGAUAUA